AUGGUGCUUAAAUCCGAGCAACACUGUUCCAGAAAACCCGAGGACACGUGUCUUCAUCAUAGGGCUUUUCAGAAGAGUCCCAUCAAGACCCAUGCGGUUGAGCCAGCCGCAAGCGUGUUUAAGACCAAGACUCAGAUUCGAAGGACUAUCGAGGCUGAGGGAAUUCCUUACACUUACGUGGCGUGCAACGCUCUUGCUGCCUACUUUCUUCCCAACCUUGGACAAUUGGAUGAUGCCACUUCUCCUCCUAGAGACAAAGUAGUAAUUCUUGGAGAUGGAAAUUCCAAAGCAAUUUUUGUGAAGGAGGAAGAUGUAGCAACAUACACCAUCAAAGCUGUGGACGACCCUCGAACCUUGAACAAGCUCCUGUACAUGAGUCCCCCUGCCAACAUAAUGUCCUUCAACGAGUUAGUUUCCCUGUGGGAGAACAAGAUUGGCAAGACCCUUGAGAGGACAUAUAUCCUGGAGGAUCAACUCCUCAAGAACAUCCAAGAGGCUCCAAUGCCCUUAAAGUUCUUUUUGUCCAUCUGCUAUGCUGCUUUCGUAAAAGGAGAUGUUUCAAAGAUUGAGGUUGAUGCUUCUGUGAGUGUAGAGGCCUCUCAUAUCUAUCCAGAGGUGAAAUACACAACUGUGGACGAAUUCCUCAAUCAGCUGAGGAGCCAAGCCGAGCUUACUAGCUUAAGAGCUGAGGAAUCUUCUAAGGAGUUUAUGAUUGGUGGAUCAACCCCAAUUGUUGUGGUUGAGGAGUCCAAACUUUGUACUUUAGAAGAUUGGGUUAAAGAGUCAGGUUCUAUAGCAAUUGAUGAGCGAGGCAAUAUUUUAGCUGAAGAGUUAGGUUAUACUUCGAGUGAAGACCCAUGUCAUACCUUGGCUGAAGAGUCAAGUUGUUCCUUGGCUAAAGAGCCAGAUGAUUCCUUAGCUGAAGAGCAAAGUCGAGCUGAAAGGUCAGGUCGUUCUUUGGCUGAAGAGUCAAGUCAUUCCUUGGCUAAGGAGUCAAGUCGGGCUGAAUAG